AUGAUGGCACAUAAUAAAAAUGACCUUACUAAUAUAAAUACAAAAACAACCGCACCAACAACAACAACUACAGAACAACAACCAGAACAACAACAACAACAACCAGAACAACAACAACAAGAAAAACAAAAUAAUAAUAAUAAUAAUAAUAAUAAUAAUAAUAAUAAUAAUAAUAUUAAUAAUAAUGAAAAUAAUGAAAAUAAUAAUAAUGAUAUUAUAAAUAAUAAAAUUAAUCUUUUGGAUGAGUUAGUGGCAGCAGCAGAAUUAAAAGGUAGAUAUACCCAAAUUCAAUUAGAGGAAUUAAAAUCAAAAUUAGAUAGGACAUCAUCAGCAUUGAAUGUAGAUCAAGAUACAAUCAAGUUGGCAUGGUGUUUAUUAGAGAAUAUGCAAUUAGUAUCGGUUGAUACAUCUGAACAAUUUCAAAAACAAAUUGUAGCAUGCUCAUUAUUUAUAUGUGGUAAUAAGAAAUUUAGUUCUUUAUUAUAUAAUUUAAAUCAACCCUCUUCUUCAUCUUUUCAACCAGAUAAUAAUAGUAAAAUAAAAGGAAGAAAGAUAAGAAAAACUAAUAAUAGCAAAAAUAAAAAUAAUGAUAGUAAUGAAGAAGAAGAAGAAACCACCACUGAUACAGAAGAAGAAGAAGAAGAAGAUACAUUAUUAAAUGAAAAUAAUAAUAGUAUUAAUAAAAAUAGUAGUAAUAAUAAUGAAUUAUUAGUAUCAAUAAGAUCAUGCAUUAAUGAAAGUGGUGGUGAUAGUCAAUUCUUACAAAAUUCAGUGUUUUUAUCACAACUUUUGAAACACUUUGAAGGUGAGAUUAAAUUAUCACAAUUCUUUGAUACCCUUAGAUCGUUCAUUAGUAACCUUAGAUUAGGUAAUGCAUUCGAAGAACAAGGUAGACAAUUGGAGCAAUCUUUUAAUACAUUAAAUAAUCUUUAUAGAAAAUAUGAACAAAUCUUUUUCACUCUAUUUCAUCCAACUGAAAAUUAUAUAUUAAAAACAACACAACAACAUAACUAUAAUAAUAACAGUAAUAAUAAUAAUAAUAAUAAUAAUAAUAAUAAUAAUAAUAAUAAUAAUAAUAGAACAAAUGAAGAUUAUUUAUUAUCAAUUGGCUGGUUAAUUUUCCUUUUCUGUAAGAAUAAAUUGUUUACCAAGGACAGUCCAGAUUUCGUUCAAUCUUUACAUUUACUAUUAUGUAUUAUAAAUUUCAUUUAUGUUAAUACAUCGAUAAGUGAAUUGAAAAAGAUACCACAAGGCGUUCAAAUCAUUGAUACUGCAACUGGAGAUAUACUAUUAUAUUUAGCUAAAUCAAUUCCAUGUAAUCUUGACGAUCUUUCAAAUGUUAAUCAAAAUAUAUUUUCAACUUAUUCUAAUUUAUUAAUUAAUAAUUCCAUUUUAAAAUUAUUUGAUAAUAAUAACAAUAAUAAUAACAAUAAUAAUAACAAUAAUAAUAAUAGUGAUGGUAUUAAAUCAAUCUUUAAUAAUUCUAGCAUAAUUAAAGAUAACUAUAAUUCUUUAAACAAAUCAUAUGAACUUUAUUAUUAUGCAAAUGGUGACAUAGAUGAACGUUUAUUUUAUUCAUUUGAUCAUGAUAUAUAUGUUUUAAAUAAUAAUAAUAAUAACCAAAAUAAUAAUAAUAAUAACAAUAAUCAUAAUAAUAAUUAUUAUAAUAAUAAUAAUAAUAAUAAUAAUAAUAAUAAUAAUAACAAUCAUUUAAAUUAUCAAUAUUCAUCAUUAUUGCCACCUUCAACACCAACGACACCAUCAAGAUAUGGUAGUAGUAGUAGUAGUGGUGGUGGUGGUGGUGGUAAUUUAAGAAAGAAUAUAUACGGUACACCAUCAAAAUCCUUAAGUGCCGGUAAUUUAGGUAGUGUUAUACCACAAACACCAAUAUCUUUAACUCUAACAUUAGAAUCUUGGUUAAAAGUUGAAAUUCAAAACUAUAGAGAUCCAAAUCCCUCUUUAAAUUUAAUUAAUAUUUUAAAAUCUGCGGAUCAACCACAACAAACAUCAGAAGUUGAUAAAAUGAUUGAAAGAGUUUCAUCAUUAACAAAUAAUACUGAUAGUUUAUUCUCUAUUGGUGGUAUUGACGAUCAUCAACAACAACAACAACAACAACAAGAAGUAAAACAAAGAAGAAAGAAUAUGGCAAUACAAUUAUAUUAUUGUUUACUUGAAAAAUUAAUUAAAUUUGAACAAAAUACAAGUUCAAAUAUUAAUGUAUUAUUAAAUCAUGAAGAUUUUCAUAAAUCAUUAUUGUCAAAUAGCUUUGAAAUUAUAGCAUAUGUUUAUAAGAUGGAAGGAUUAUAUUUCCCUCAUUUUAUAAAUGUUUUCAAACUUCAUCCAUUCUCUUAUCUAAGAUUAAUUGAUUUAGUAUUAAAAGUUGAUGCUGAUCUCCCUAAACUGUUGGCUCAACAUUUUAGUCAAAUUGAAGAGAAAAUUUUAGAGAAAUAUGUUUGGUCAAAUAAUUCAACCGUUUUUUCAACAAUUAAAAGUCAUGAUUUUCAAAACAUUUUUAAUAGUAAUGGUGUUGGUGCUGCCAUAACAACACAUUUACGUCCAACUCAAGUAUUUUCAACACCAACUAAAAAUCAAAAUAAUAAUCCUUUCAGGAAUCAACAAUUAAUUAAUACAAAUAUACCAAAUACACCAACUAAAAAGAAUCCAUUUAUUCAAAAUUUCAUUAAAAAAGUAUCAACAUUGAUCAUUGCAAAAUGUAGAAAGUUAAUUCAUGCAAUGGGAUUAUCAUCAGAUUAUGUGGUUCAAAUCUAUCAAGUCAUGAUAAAGAUCUUAAUCGAUGAAACAUUAUUAUUUAAAAAUAGAGAAAUAGAUGUACUUUUAAUUUGUUCAAUCUAUGCAAUAUGUAAAGUUAACUCUAAAAAUAUUACCUUUAAAGCAAUCAUUGAUAAAUCUUGUAUCUCUGCUAAAGUUUAUAAAGAAGUUUAUAUAGGUAAUGAUGAAAAUAAUAAUAAUAAUAAUAAUAAUAAUAAUAAUAAUAAUAAUAAUAAUAAUAAUAAUAAUAAUAAUAUUAAUAAUAAUAAUAAUAAUAAUGAAAAUAAUAAUAAUAAUAAUAAUCCAGUAAAGGGUGAUAUAAUUUUAUUUUAUAAUAAAAUAUUUUUAACAAAAAUGGAUCCUUACAUUCAUGAAGUAUUUAGUAAAUAUCAACAACAGCAACAACAUCAAUAUCAACAACCACUACAAAAUUUACCACCACCUUUACUAAAUCAAAAUUCACCUAAGAAAUGGAACCCAUUAUUUCACACACCAACCAAAAAUCAAAAUAAUAAUCCAUAUAAUAGCAAUAAUAAUACACCAAAUAAAUUCUCUUCAUCAAUACCAUUAUCACCACAAAAAGGUGUUAAUUAUAAUAGUAGUUUCUCUGUAAAUAGUAUGGUUACAAUAUCACCUAUGAAACAACAUACUCCAAUCUCUAGUUCAUACACUUAUAUUGUCGCAAAGAGUCCAAGUAAAGAAUUAUUUCAAAUCAAUCAAUGUUUAAAUAAAAAGAAAAAUGAUGAAAUGGUACCUCCACCACCAACAACUCCUUCAAGUAUUAAUAAUAAUAAUAAUAAUAAUAAUAAUAAUAAUAAUAAUAAUAAUAAUAAUAACAAUAAUAAUAGCAACGACAAUAAUAACAAUAAUAACAAUAAUAACAAUAAUAAUAACAAUAAUAAUAGCAAUAAUAAUAGCAAUAAUAAUAAUAAUACUGAAAAGAAAAUGGUUGGCAAAAGAUUAUUAUUUGACUAUGAAGAAUCACCUUCAACCCCAUCCUCUUCCUCAUCACCUACAAUUUUAAAUAAUAACAAAAAGAAUAAUAAUAAUAAUAAGAGUGAAAAUGUUGAUGACCCUGGUAACAAUUCUCCUUCUUCCUCACCAUUAUCUUCUUCUUCCUCCUCCUCUUCCUCUUCUUCUAGUGGAGGUAGAAAGAGGUUAAAAUCAUAA